ACUGCAUAUUGGACUUUGCUUAAAAUGAACAUAAACAUUGCACUUUUCUCUUUCAACUUGAAUUUUGCCAGCAUGUGUUAUAUAAGAGUAGACUGACCGCUGACCCUGAAUUUCCAAAUUUUCUGAGGGUUUCCGCCUCUUUGCCGACGAAAAUACGCGCCCGUUCAAAUUGUCCAUUAUUUAAGAGGCACCUCUCGAUUUUCUUCAAAAUUUUUAGUUAAUUUUUAGUGAUUUUAUAUCCAUACAUAUUUUGUCACUUCGAAGCCUGGAAAAUGUGCAGCACAGUUACUCCCGCGCAGAGAAUUCUGGCGAAAGUUAGAUCUCUAGUCCUGGUAUCUGCCGGUGGAUUCGGUGCUUUUUCCGCACUCAGCAUUUACAACGAAAAUGAGGACUUUUACGACAACAUUUUUAUGCCGUUGGUUAGGAAACUAGACCCGGAAACAUCUCACAAUUUGGCGAUUGCUGCAUGCAAGUACAAACUAUUUCCAAAAAGCAGAUUUGUCGACCCCUCUUCGCUGCAAACAAAGGUCUUGGGCAUGGACUUUGAAAAUCCUCUGGGAAUAGCUGCAGGUUUUGAUAAACAAGCGGAGGCAGCGCAAACUUUGAGAAAUAUAGGAUUUGGAUUUGUCGAGAUUGGAUCGGUCACUCCUCUCCCUCAAACGGGCCAGGAAAAACCUCGAGUUUUUAGACUGGAAGAAAGCGAAGCUUUGAUAAACAGAAUGGGGUUCAACAGCGAUGGACACGAAGUCGUGCACCAGAGACUUGUUUAUCUCCGAAAUUCUGAAGCUGGCAAGAAUUUUAAACUUGGGGUGAAUCUUGGGAAAAAUAAAACUUCAGACGAUGCCCUCGCUGAUUACAGCAAGGGAGUCGAACUUUUUAGUGAUGUGGCCGACUAUCUUGUUGUCAACGUUUCGAGUCCGAACACUGCUGGCCUUAGAGACUUGCAAGAAGAAAAGCAACUGAAAAAUCUUUUGUCCACAUUAAUACGGGUGCGGAACAGCUUGCCUCCUGAAAAGAGAAAACCACUUCUUGUAAAAAUUUCCCCAGACCUCACAGUGGAUCAGCGAAAGCAAAUUGCAGACGUAGUCACGGACAAAUGGUGCAGGGUAGACGGCCUCAUUUGCUCCAACACGACUACGGCCCGCCCUUCCGAAUUGAAAGGACCGCACGUUGAGGAAGCCGGCGGCCUCAGCGGACGGCCGCUAAAAAUGCCCUCUAAUGAACUUAUAUCCGACAUGUACAAACUCACCAAAGGCGCAAUUCCCAUAAUUGGCGUGGGAGGAGUGAGCAGCGGACUUGACGCUUACAACAAGAUCUUGUCAGGCGCCAGUCUCAUCCAAAUCUACACAACGUUUGCCUAUCACGGUCCUCCGAGGGUGACAAGAAUUAAGAGAGAAUUAGACGAGCACCUAAAAAUGAACGGCUGGAAGAGUGUAGCAGAAGCAGUUGGAAAGGGAGUUUCGAGAUAAAAUAUUAUCACGUGGUGAGUUUUAAAGUUGGUGCAUCUUGCUUUUUUUAAGUUUGCUUUAUCGAUCAAGAAUCACUUCUUUUAACAACGUGAAAAACCUUUGACGGUCGCGCAAUUAUUUGGAAACGAAAAAUAUAAAUGUAUU